AUGGAAUUCAAACGCAUCAAACUGGAGGAUGGCGGCUCACAACCGAUGGACACGGGAGAGGGAACCAGUGAACAGCCGCCGGCGUCGUGUACCACCGAUCGAUUCGGUGGCGCACCGAGCUCGGUUUUUGAUCAGAUUCACAUGCUGGCCAAGUUGAUCGACUGCAUGGAGUUGAACGCAAAGGUGUACGUUUUCGAUAUGCCCGAAACGCUCAAACUGGCGCAGCUGACCGUUCGGUACUUUUUCCUGUGCCUGCAGCAGGCACAAUCCGGUGGCAAUCCGAGCACGGACGACGAUACCAAUCUGCACCGGUGCUAUCAGUUGCUGUCGAGACACUGUGCAACCCGGAAGGCAGCGAGAACCGCCGCACUGCGAGAUAUUUUAGAAGGAGCCCUGUAUCUGUACGGGAAUCUGUUCGGUUCGCAGAUCGAAAGUGAUUCCGUCGAGUACAUCAAAUCGGACGAGCUGCUGAUCAAGCUGAACCAGAAACAGGGACUGACGAUGAACGCUACUCGAUCGACGGUGCUGCAUGCGGGUAUCAUCGGUCAGGGACCGAAACAACCGGUCAAAUCAGCCGACGGUCCCGAGUUGGAGAUGCAGAAUCGUCUGAUCAGUGCCAUCGUGGCGUGCUGUCAGGAUACCGAACACCAAAAUACGAUCGACGGCUACAGCUAUUUGUCGCUACUGCUGGUCGAACUGGUUUCACCCGAUGUGAUGUACAACGGACUGCCCUGGCCGGAAGAAGAGUUCACCAAAGUGACGAUGGAGCGUGAUCUGCAAAUCCGACGAAUGUUCCGCACCUGUCCGAUACUGUGGUCGAUUCUGGGUCUGAUCGCCUGUUACCGUCCGGCACUCUGCUACAGUUCGGUACUUCUGCGGGCUCUCUGCGCUUCGGCCCUUCACCAGUGGCGCUCGAAAUCCGCCGAAACGAUGAAUGGUCAGAAGACGGAACUGAUGCACAUGACUAUCAAGUUGCUGGAGCUGCUGGCCCUGGGACAAUUGCUACCACCACCCCUUAGCUAUCUACACAUUGUCCUACCCCAUCUGGAUGCGACCGAGAUCGUGUACGUUCUCAAGGAGUGCAUCUGGAACUAUCUGAAGGAUCACGUCCCCUCACCGGUGCUGUUCGUGUGCGACCCGACCGGUUUCCACUGGCGUGAUCCGGCAACAUCGCGUCCCCCACCGCAGUACACCAACCCGCUACGGCACACGAUGCAACGUAAACUGGACCGACUGGGUCAUCUUUAUCAGCAGAUGUUUUUCGAACCGGAACUACGGUUUCCCACCACCCAAAUGCCGGCUGUUCCGGUUGUGAUGGUCAACGGAUUGGGAACCGGUGGGCCACUGCUACAAGCGACCAACGGAAAUGGUCUACCGCCCCUCGUGGUAGUGGCUGCCAACGGCAAUGGACAUCUGGCAGGAGCUAACCCCAACGUUGCUGCUGCCGGCGUGGGUCCGGUCAUACUAGGACCCGUUGUUACGAUAGAUUAGACUAGCUGUCACCUCCUUUCGACAAACUGUGAAAUGUAGAUAGACGACAGAAU